AUGGAAUCCUUCUCGUCAGACCAACCCAUCUGCGACGCACAGUCUCCCUACUUCCGCCAAUUCACACAGUUUUCCCCAGAAGUGUCAAAAAACCUCACCGACACAUACACCUACGGCGGUCCGACCGAGGUCUACACCUACGCCUACCUCCCCUCUCAACCCCUCUACUUCGACCUAAGCCCCUUCCCUUGGGCAGAGACAACUCCGCACCCCAGCCCAGGCUCUCCGCAUAUAAACCCCCAAGCUCUUAGCGCACCGUCCUCCAAACCAGCCUCCACGUUCGCCACUGACCCCAAAGCAGACACCGUCAAACAACAACGCGACCUCCAGAAGAACCGCGUGGCGGCGACGAAAUGCCGCUCCAAGAAAAAGCUGUACAUCCAGCAACUGCAAUCCCGCUUCGAGGACCUAUCCCUUGCGAAACGCGAGCUGCAGUGCCAGGUGCAGAUGCUGCGGAAUGGGCUGAUCUCGCUGAAAGAGGAGUUGGUGAGGCAUGCUCGGUGCGGGGAUGAGCCGAUCACAAGUUAUAUUGAGAAGAGGAGGGCAAGGUGUACUUGA